AUGGCAGCUCUCGCCAGCUCUCUCAUUAGACAAAAACGGGCGGUCAAGGAAGACCAAACCAACCGACCGGUAGCCAGCAAGCGCAAGCCCUGUCCUAAGAGCAACAAGUCCUUGUGCCAGAAACAGAUCCUGGUCCUGAUCUCCAAAGUACGACUAUGCGGGGGUCGAAAAAGUCGAAACGAAAAAAGGCCGGAGCCACAGCUGAAGGGCAUUGUUACCCGACUAUACAGCCAACAUGGAUACUACCUGCAGAUGCAGCCUGACGGCACCAUGGACAGCACAAGGGAUGAAAGCAGCUCAUUUUCACAGUUUAAUUUAAUUCCGGUGGGACUACGGAUUGUGGCAAUCCAGGGGGCAAAGACAGGGUUAUACCUUGCCAUGAAUAGUGAAGGAUACCUCUAUACCUCGGAGCACUUUACUCCAGAGUGUAAGUUCAAGGAGAGUGUGUUUGAGAACUACUACGUUACAUACUCCUCCAUGCUCUAUCGCCAGACCCAGUCUGGCCGCUCCUGGUAUAUCGGUAUCAACCGUGAUGGCCAGAUCAUGAAGGGCAACCGGGUAAAGAAGACCAAAGGAGCUGCACACUUCCUGCCUAAAGUUAUAGAGGUUGCGAUGUAUAAGGAGCCAUCGCUACAUGAGCUCGCCAGUGAACCGGUGAGUCCUCCUCGGAAGACAGUGAAGACGUCAGAUUCGCCGCCCCUAAAGAACGGUCGAAAAGAAGCUCCAAAGGCUGAUGCCUCAUAGCACAGGAGACUGAGGGUGGGACAAAGGGCAGCAGUGACACUGGGAACACAGCUGUCCAUUAUGC